UUGCUGCUAAGCUACCGUCGUCAUGCGGCGGCUUCGGCGAAGCUCCGGCUAAACUAUGUCCGAGUGGGACCUUUGUUUAUCCCGCAAACAGCUUUCCAUCUUCUUUUUUCUUUGCGCGGACAUCCACCUCAGUAAGAUGGAGUGACCAUAUAGUCUUCUCGGUACUAAUAUAAUAAUUCUCACUUGUUUAUUCGAAAUCCUUCCCCGAUCCGAACCCACCAUCAUACAGCAUCCGAAAUGCCUCGCCUCGUUCGCCAGCGGCCACUGGCUGAGCGCAUCAAAUCCUGGAUCGAUCCUGAGGAUUGGUAUAUAUGGGUCUCAGACAAACUGGACUCUGAAGACUGGGAAGACUUUGCAAAGGAGCACUCCCGUAUCAUCGGAUUUGCGUUGAACCUGGUCUUCAUUGUGGCACAGGCAAAUGCAUCCCGCAGAUCCGAGAGCGACGAUGAUGUGCUCAUGGGCGGCACCAACGGUCCCGGUUGGUUUGCUUGGUUCUGUAGGCUUCUCGUUCUGGGUCUUUCCGGUCUGGCAUUCAUGAAUGCCUUCUUCACUUUCUACCGAAAGAGACACUACAGGCUGUUCGAACAGCCAAUCGAAAACGGUCCCGCCACCCCAUCCGCGCAACGUGUGCGCGUCGAUUCCUCCCCGUCCACGGGUAGUCCUCUCUAUUAUUUGAGGAAUAUCAUAAGCGCUACUUCAGCGGAGUCGAGAGCGCAUCCGGAUGCUGGGCGCGAUGUCUGGGAAAUCGCGAUCUGGAAUCCGAACCCGCUGUGCCUGGACAUCUACUGUCUUUUCAAUCCUUUACACGUCAUUCUCUACUAUCUCACACUUCCAGUAGCGCCGCUGGACCCGCAACCGAGCGUCAAAGUCUUCACCACGGUCGUACUGGGUACUUUUCUUUCCUUCCAACUUUGGCUCUUCCGAUCUUCAUUCGCUCAGCAAACAAAAGACAACGACAUCAUCCGCCGCGAAGUCCUCCAUGAAUACGACAAUAAGUUCGUUCAUCCCAAUACUCAAAAGGUAUGCCGAGACGUUGGCAUCCAAACUAUCUCACGAAAAACGACCCGAGAUUCGAGCGUUGGCGUUCGUGGCAGCAGUGAUGACCUUGCCUCGGAAAUCGUGACUUAUACACCAACAACUAUUCUUAAUCGCUCAUUCAAGACGAAUCCAAACGUCAGCUAUGCUUCACAAUACGACCCAGAGAACGUCGGGCACACCCGAACCCCGUCUCGCCACCGCGGAGCUUCAAUCUCUAAAUACACAUCCACGACCACUGCAACCGGUGCCGAUUUCUCGUCUCCGAUCCGUCCUUCACAUACACCGAAUCCUUUUCGUCAGCAACCCACGUUUCGUCCCACAAAUACAGGAGAUGGUGGCAGUCUGGGUGUGUACUCCCACGCUAACUCCCCACUCCGCAAAGCGGCGUCCACAAAUUUCAUAAGAGAGGACCGAGGACGAGACAGUCUAGGUGGUCAAGGGGAGAGAAUUCAGGGUACUCCAAGGCGAGAUGGUAGCCCGCUGAAAAGGAUGAGCAUGAUGGGUGCUGCGGCCUCUGGCAGUGAGAGACUGAACGGAGCUUCGGAGAGGUUCGGCCGACACGGAGGAGGGGGAGGCGGAAGAAGAGAAAGUGGUCGAUUUUGAGAAAGAUACAACAUCCGAAGGAAAAGCGAAUUUUUCUCCGGUGUGAGCACGACCGAACCAUGCCGUCACUUUCGGAGCGCCGUGGACUCGCCUUCAUUUUGUAUAUCUAUUUUCGUUAUCUAAAUACCCCAGCCGCUACCUUGUGGCUCUCCACGUACCAAACAUCAUAUCCCAUGUACCAAUAUAAUCCACAUACCCCACAAAUUCCACCUAGUCCACCCCCUUUCCUUCAUUCCACCUCGCCCUUCCACACUCCAACCAGCCUCCCCACCUCUCUCGCCGCAACCCCAUCAAGCACCUCGUGACUUUUCUUCACAACCCCUCCAUCCUCACUGAACCACAACCACCACGUAACCUCAUUCUCCACCGUCCUCUCCCCCACACUCAACGAUCUCCCUUUAACAACCAUCUUAUGCGCUACACUCACCACAACCACCUUCUUCACUUCAUCAACCAUAAUCCCAUCGUCCUCUUCCGCACUAGACCCAGUGCCGUGUUUCACGAUUCUGAAAGAUGUCUUGUCGAAAGAAGAACUCAUGGAGUUAAGAUGCUGUAUGAAUUCUUGCGCGGAUUUGGGAGCUGACGACGCGUGUGAAGGCAAGGAAGAUGUCGGGCCGAUGGUGUGUGUGUAGGUUUUUGAAGUCGUUGAUAGCAGAUUUUCGGGGUUGAUGUCGGUGCUCGUCGUUGGUGGGGAAGACUGUGAGGGAGGGGAGAAGGUUGCGAGGAAGCGUCGGGUUGUUUUAAGGAGGGUGGUUCGGAGCGGAGUUUGGGUGGUUGACAUUUUUGUCUUUCUUCGCCCCUGUUCUGUUCUUUUGUUUGUCCAGAGAGAAGGUGAGAGCGGUCUGUAUCGUCGUGUUGAGGGUUUGGGAAAGGAAAUGUAGAUUGUAGAAGGUGAUAUCGGGGCCUCAACGAAUGGAUCGAUGAAUGUGGUUGAACAAGCUUCGGGUAUGACUCUUUUUUCUUCUGUCUUAUCGUCGUCUUCGUAGAUGGGAAUAAGUACCAAGUCGCAGCAAGUGUAGUAGUAAUCGCUUGUCGGCCUUGCACCUCGAUCCUUCGUAAAAUCGAACGACAAAUUUUGCGAUGUGAGUAAGUAACAGUUUUGCAAAAGCAACCCCAAACAAUCACGCCGCCCUUUAAUCGGUCCUUUCAG